ACUCAGAAAAAACGAGAGAUGAUGACUGUUCAACUUAUUCCGCUUCUUCUUGCAACUAUCUUGUUUGUAACAAGCCAUGCUGCUCCUGGGCUAGAGCAAUAUGGCGCAGACGGGAACCAGGUGUCGGUUAGUGGAUUAUCUGCUGGAGGAUUCGUGGCCGUACAGGUGCAUGUCGCUUACUCCGCCUCCAUCAUGGGAGUGGGCGUGGUCGCUGGAGGCCCGUAUUGGUGUGCUCGGCGCAGUCUGUUCUAUUCUCUUACCCAAUGCACGCUUACGGGUAAUAUCAAUGUGAAUUAUCUCGCUGGGUGGGUUACGACAUAUGCUUAUAUCUUUAACUCUAUCGAUAACCCUGCAAACAUGGCCAAUGACAAGAUAUACGUCUUCCAUGGAUCAAUGGACUCUGUCGUCCACGAAGACGUGACCAAAGCUGCGGAGGAAUACUAUCAACAUUUCAAUACGGACAAUGACAACUUCCUUACCGAGUAUACCGUGCCUGCUGAACAUUCUAUGGUUCACGAUGUGCAUGGUAACGCAUGUGGUUAUAAAGGGAUACCGAAUAUCAACAACUGUGGUUACAAUACGGCCUAUGAGAUGCUGAACCACUUCUAUGGACCAGGGCUCCAGAGACCAACAGCAACUACCAGUCAGGACGGAGAUCUUUUGGAAUUCGACCAAACGGAGUUUUUCCCAUAUGGAAACCCGGGACUGGAGAGUGUUGCCAAUACCGGCUAUGUGUACGUGCCCACCGGAUGCCUCGUCGAUGCGUCUCUCUGCCGGGUACACCUAGCACUACAUGGGUGUCUGCAGCAAUACGGGUUGAUUGGUGAUCAAUAUACCACGCUCUCUGGCUACAACGAAGUGGGUGAACUGAAUGACAUCAUCGUCAUCUACCCACAAGCCACUUCAACACCGUUUGGCGGAAAUCCCGGUGCCUGCUGGGAUUGGUGGGGCUAUGCUUCAUACUCCUACGCAUCCAAUCUGGCUCCGCAGAUGGACUUCAUGAAGCAGAUUAUUGACCGCGUCACGGCUUAA